AUGGUCUGGAAGAGCAAGUCUCACAUCCCCGUCGAGGCCAAGCCCUCUACUCUCAGACAGCUACUCCCUCUCCUUAUCCUUCUCGUCAUCCUCGGCGGCAUCGCCUUCGUCGUCUACCAAGUAUACCUCGGAUUGACCAAGAUUCGCGACACCACCGAGAAGCGCAUGGCCCGAAGAAACGUCGUCUUUACUAAAGAUGGCCUCAAGGUCGGCGUCAAGCAUGUCGAGCAGGAGAAAUACGUCGACGCCACUCAGAACUGGGUCGUCAAAGCUUGGAACUUGGGGAACCCCACGCCCCCGGUCAAGAGGAAGUAA